UUGGGUCAACUCGGUUCCGCUUCUUCCUUCCACCGCUCGCAGCCCCCUUCUCUCGAACACCGAGGAGAUCCAUCGAUCGCGCCGCGCCCCCUCUUCGCCCCCCCCCGCCUCCCCAGAUCGACUCUUUCUUCUGACGCGACUCUGUCGAUCCACUGCGUGAGCUGUAAAAAAUCGCAUUUUUGAUUUGAUCGCAGGUUUCCGCAAAAAAGAUUGGGAUUUGGGGAGAUCCGAUGGCUCCAUUUUCCAUCUCUUUGAGGUCUUCUUGCUUCGUCCUCGUCGCUUUGUUGAUUUUGGGGCCGAGCUAUGCCUUUUACCUGCCCGGGAGUUAUAUGCAUACGUAUUCUCAAGGUGAAACCAUAACGGUGAAAGUGAAUUCGCUCACUUCGUUCGAGACCGAGCUCCCUUUUAGCUACUACAGCCUGCCCUACUGCCAACCGCAGGACGGGAUCAAGAAGAGUGCGGAGAAUUUGGGCGAGCUUCUCAUGGGUGACCAGAUCGACAACUCCCCUUACCAGUUCCAUGUCAAUGUCAAUGAAUCCUUUUACCUCUGCACCACGAACCCGUUGAACGAGCGCGAGGUGAAGCUGCUUAAGCAGCGGACUCGCGAUCUGUAUCAGGUGAACAUGAUUCUUGACAACCUUCCCGUUAGGAGAUUUACCGAACAGAACGGUGCCACCUUUCAAUGGACAGGGUUUCCUGUUGGUUACACCCCGUCGGGAAGUUCCGAAGACUACAUCAUUAAUCACUUGAAGUUUAAGGUCCUAGUCCAUGAGUACGAGGGAAGCCGUGUGGAGAUAAUUGGCACAGGGGAAGAAGGGAUGGGAGUGAUUUCAGAGACUGAAAAACAGAAGAUGUCUGGGUAUGAGAUUGUCGGGUUUGAAGUUGUUCCAUGCAGCGUGAAGCGCGAUCCAGAAGCAAUGUCAAAGCUGAACGUCUACAGUAAAGUUGGUCCCGUGGACUGCCCAUUGGAGCUUGAGAAAUCCCAAGCGAUUCGGGAACAGGAGAAGAUCUCUUUCACUUAUGAAGUUGUAUUUGUGAAAAGCGAUGUCAGAUGGCCCUCGAGGUGGGAUGCGUAUCUCAAGAUGGAGGGUGCCAGGGUUCACUGGUUCUCGAUCAUGAACUCUUUGAUGGUUAUAUUCUUUUUGGCUGGAAUAGUCUUUGUAAUAUUUUUGAGGACUGUAAGGAGGGACCUUACUAGAUACGAGGAACUGGAUAAAGAGUCUCAAGCGCAGAUGAACGAGGAGCUGUCCGGCUGGAAACUUGUCGUGGGAGAUGUUUUCAGAGAGCCAACGAACUCAAAGCUGCUCUGUGUAAUGGUUGGUGAUGGAGUGCAGAUUACCGGUAUGGCUGUUGUGACCAUUGUGUUUGCUGCUCUUGGCUUCAUGUCUCCUGCCUCACGAGGCAUGCUCUUGACGGGGAUGAUCAUUCUCUAUCUCUUCCUUGGGAUUGCUGCUGGAUACGUUGGUGUUAGGCUAUGGAGGACAAUUAAAGGUGGCUCAGAAGGAUGGAGGCCGGUUUCGUGGUCGAUUGCUUGUUUCUUCCCCGGGAUCGCGUUUGUUAUUCUCUGCAUUCUGAACUUCAUGCUGUGGGGAAGCAGCAGUACAGGAGCUCUCCCAAUCUCAUUAUUCUUUGUUCUGUUAUCCUUGUGGUUCUGCAUCUCGGUGCCACUUACCCUUUUGGGUGGAUUCUUGGGCACUCGGGCUGAGCACAUUCAGUUCCCUGUGCGAACAAAUCAGAUUCCAAGAGAAAUCCCUGCGAGGAAGUAUCCCUCAUGGCUGCUUGUCCUUGGUGCUGGAACUCUACCCUUCGGGACCCUUUUUAUCGAGUUAUUCUUCAUUCUAUCUAGCAUAUGGCUUGGGAGGUUCUAUUACGUGUUCGGGUUCCUGCUCAUAGUUCUUCUCUUGCUGGUCACCGUCUGUGCUGAGGUUUCUGUUAUCCUAACAUACAUGCAUCUCUGCGUGGAGGAUUGGCAGUGGUGGUGGAAAGCCUUCUUUGCAUCUGGCUCAGUUGCCAUUUAUGUGUUUUUGUACUCCAUCAACUACUUGGUGUUUCAGCUGAGGAGCUUGAGCGGGCCUGUGUCAGCAAUGCUCUACCUAGGCUAUUCGUUGAUCAUGGCUGUCGCUAUCAUGUUAUCCACUGGCACCAUUGGUUUCUUGACGUCAUUUUACUUUGUUCACUAUCUCUUCUCAUCAGUCAAGAUUGAUUAGAGGUUCGCUCCCUCGAGAUUCAGCAGUUCCUCACUUCAAUUUACAAUCUUGGCAUAGCCUUAGGAUUAAUAGAUUUGAUUAACUUGCCUUGAAGUUGAGACUACUUGUACUCAAGGUCAGCUGCUUCAAAGUAUUUUUCUAGGAUGAGAUCUAUGGAACUGCAGCUUGUCAUUUUCUUUUCUUUCAUUUCACUAUGUUACCUCCGAGACUUGCUUACGACUGUUAAGCUUUAUUUGGAUGUCAAGGUCACAGAGUUACUUUUUCUUUUCACCUUAUUUUCUGUUUCUUGUUCGACAUUUACUGAACCUUGACAGUAGGAUGUCAGUUUGGCAACUAUUUUCUUAUCUAUUGCUCCAGUUAUCAA